CUCCUCUAUUUUGUGUUAGGUUUUCAGGAGAACCAGCAAUUCAUAGACGCUGCAUAAACAACCAUGGGAGUCUUCACAUUCGUGUGCCGCCACUCUAAUGGCCAGUGGAAUGCAAAGCAGCUCUCCGAUGGUGAUCUUGAGGCCUCCGCUUCCUCAACCUACGACCUCCAGAGGAAGCUCGUCCAGACCGCUCUCUCCGCUGAUUCGUCCGGCGGUGUCCAGUCCUCUUUCUCUUUUGUCACUCCCUCCUCUGCCGUUUUUCAGGUGAUCAUUGGCGGUGGUGGCGGUGGAGCUUUCAUUGGUGGAGGCGCCGCUGCUGCUGCAGCUCCAGCAGGAGGGGCAGCAGCUGCAGCUGAUGCACCCGCAGCCGAGGAAAAGAAGGAAGAGCCAGCAGAGGAGAGCGAUGAAGACAUGGGAUUCUCUCUCUUUGAUUAGAGAAUACGACGAGUUACUCUUUCUUUCAUGAUAUGUUAUAUGUUUGGUUUUUGAGUUUUGUUUUUGUUUUGAGACUUGGUGAAUUUGAUUUAGCUUAGAUUAAGCAUUUUGGAUUAGAGAAACUUCCUAUGUUAAUUGACAAAGCCUAUUUGAAAGAUUUCAAUGCCUUUCAUAA